AUACAGAUUAUCGGACAGGGAGCCUUUGGAGAGGUUCAACUCGUUCGUCACAAAGUCACACAAGAGCUCUUUGCCCUCAAAAAGCUGAGCAAGAAAGAGAUGCUAUCCAAGACUGAUGAGGCCCAGUUUUGGUCGGAACUGAAUGUGAUGGCCACCUCUGAUUCACCAUGGAUUGUACAGCUCCAUUACGCUUUUCAAGAUAAGGACUUUCUCUUUAUGGCUAUGGAAUUCGUAGCAGGUGGUGACCUUAUCUCCCUCAUUGAUGAGAUUGGGCCUUUUCAGGAAGACAUGGCCCGCUUUUAUGCUGCCGAGUUGAUCCUGGCUCUCGAUGACCUGCACAAGAUGGGAUAUGCUCAUCGCGACGUCAAACCCGAGAAUUUGCUGUUGGAUCAACGCGGGCACCUGAAGCUUGCCGACUUUGGAUCCUGUGCUCGCAUCGGAAAGGACGGGCUGGUCAUGGCCGGCACAAUGCCCGUGGGCACACCCGAGUACAUCAGUCCCGAGGUGCUCAACUCGCAGCAAGGACAGACGUAUGGUCCCGAGUGUGACUGGUGGACAGCUGGCCUCUUUCUUUACGAACUCUUGACUGGCGAGUGUCUUUUCUACGACGAAGCUUUGACCAAGAUGUACUCCAACAUCUCCAACCACGACCCUGAUUCCCUCGAGGCACCCGAGGACAUUGAGCUCAGCCCUGAGGCUUUGGACUUGCUCAAGCAGCUCAUUUGCCCGCGCGAAAAGCGGCUUGGAGCGGGGCCAGGUGGCGUGGCCGAUAUCAAGGCCCACCCCUUUUUUAAAGUGCUGUGGGAGAACCUGCGCACGCAGGCGCCACCGUAUAUUCCAGAAAUUUCUUCGCCCGAAGACGCUGCCAACUUCCCUGAGUUUGAUACGCCAAAAAAGUCCGAAGCGUUGCCGACUGCACGCGAUUUUGCGGGUAACCAGCUCCCCUUUGUGGGAUUCUCCUUUCAGCGCAAGCUGUUGAUC